AUUCACUAUAUAGAACUGCCUUUCAGUUUCUUUCGCACGCCAAACAUAACCUUAGCCAUUUUCUCAGUGGCCUCUGGGCUUUUAUCUUUAGUGCACAUUGCACAGUAUCUUGACUUCCGUACACUGUUUCUCUAUAUGGCAUUUUAGCUAAAUAAAUGCACAUUUAUUGUCUUAUCGACACUGAUAGUUACACUAAUCAUACACGUAUUUAGAUUUUGUGGAUUUGUAUGUAUAUAUUCAAUCUCACUGGCAGGACUGAGGCUUUUGAUGUGAGGGAGGUGAUAAGCGGAUAGAUCGGAGAUGUCGGAGUUGUCCGGAGACGGAAUUGCGACGGGCACGCCGGAUUGGAAUUUCGGAGACAAUGGUGGAAAUGCGAGGCCGGCGGAAGGCGAGGCAUGUGAUUCAGUGACUCCCACGCCAUUGACGGCGUCGUCUUCUUUCAAGGAAGGGAGGUCGUCGCGGCGGAGGGCGUCUGUGAGGCCGAGCCUUGACGCGGACGAGUUCAUAAACAUGCUACACGGCUCGGAUCCGGUGAAGGUUGAGCUCAAUCGACUUGAGAAUGAGCUGAGAGAUAAGGAGCGCGAAUUGUCCGAGUCUCAAGCGGAAAUCAAGGCACUGAGGCUGUCUGAGCGUUUAAGAGAAAAGGCUGUUGAAGAGCUCACUGAUGAUUUAGCAAAGGUUGACGGAAAGCUCAAGCUGACAGAGUCUCUUCUAGAAAGCAAGAAUCUUGAAAUUAAGAAAAUCAAUGAUGAGAAGAGAGCUUCUAUGGCUGCUCAGUUUGCUGCGGAAGCCACUCUUAGGAGGGUUCAUGCUGCUCAAAAAGAUGAUGAUAUGCCUCCAAUCGAAGCAAUUCUUGCUCCUCUGGAGGCUGAACUCAAGUUAGCUCGGCAAGAGAUUGCGAAGCUUCAAGAUGAUAACAAGGCAUUGGACCGUCUUACCAAAUCAAAGGAGGCUGCUUUACUUGAAGCUGAGAGAACAGUGCAGUCAGCAUUGGCCAAAGCCUCAAUGGUGGAUGAUCUUCAAAACAAGAAUCAAGAGCUGAUGAAACAAAUAGAGAUUUGCCAGGAAGAGAACAAAAUAUUGGACAAAAUGCACCGGCAAAAGGUUGCAGAGGUUGAAAAGCUUACCCAAACAGUGCGUGAGCUUGAAGAGGCUGUUCUUGCUGGUGGAGCUGCUGCUAAUGCCGUUCGAGAUUAUCAACGCAAAGUUCAAGAGAUGAAUGAAGAAAGAAAAACUCUUGACCGGGAGUUGGCUCGUGCAAAGGUUACUGCAAAUAGGGUGGCCACAGUGGUUGCUAAUGAGUGGAAAGAUUCUAAUGACAAAGUAAUGCCUGUAAAACAGUGGCUUGAAGAGAGAAGAUUCUUACAGGGAGAGAUGCAACAAUUACGUGAUAAGCUAGCAAUUUCUGAACGAGCUGCAAAGUCAGAAGCCCAGUUGAAAGAAAAAUAUCAAUUAAGGCUUAGGGUUCUAGAAGACACAUUGAGGUCGUCGUCUAGCACAACUGUCCGUGGCACACCUGAGGGGAGAAGUUCAAGUAAUGGUGCUUCACGCCGGCAAUCACUAGGUGGGGCAGAAAACAUUGCAAGAUUGGCUUCUAAUGGGUUUUUGCCCAAGCGGUCACCAGUCCUUCACCCAAGGUCUUCUGGGAUCAGUUCAGUGCUGAAGCAUGCAAAAGGGACAUCAAAGUCAUUUGAUGGUGGCUCAAGAUCAUUGGACCGGGGGAAAAAUCUUCUUACAGGAACCGGUCCAAAUUUCAAGCUCACUCAGUCAUGUGAUGGAGCUAAGGACACUGUGACUGAAAAAACAUGGAAAGGAGAACAAGAAGAAAAACCUAAUGACAUGAAAGUUAUAGAAACAGAGGACACUGUCCCGGGAGUAUUGUACGACUUGCUACAGAAGGAGGUGGUUUCUAUGAGGAAAGCAUGUCAUGAAAAGGAUCAAAGUCUAAAAGACAAGGACGAUGCUAUUGAGAUGUUAGCCAAGAAAGUAGAGACACUAACAAAAGCUAUGGAAGUUGAGGCCAAAAAGAUGAGAAGGGAGGUUGCUGCAAUGGAAAAGGAAGUUUCUGCAAUGCGAGUUGAGAAGGAUCAAGAAAAUAGGGCCAAGCGACCUGGAAGUUCAAAGGCCCCUGUCAUUAGCUCUCAACUGAUUCCUGGGAGGAGUGUUGUGGCAAGAAGUAGUAGGGUAACCCGCAGCACACAAUAACAACAAGGCAAUUCCUGCGCGUAAUGCUGUAAGCAAUUCUGCAUAAAUCGGCUUCUGCUAUGGUCUUCACGAUAUUCCUAUUUUACCCCUUGUGUGGUUUAUUGUAAAAUUGUUAUGAAGUGUUAUGGCAGCCUUAAAAUUUAGUCCAAAGAUGAAAAAAAAGAAAUAUAUAGAUGGAAUUUGCGUUGCUUCUGAGUUCUGACAUAGCUAUGAUCCGUCCGCUAAGAAACUUGUAGGGAAAGAUGCUAAAGCCAAAAGUUGUUGACCUAACCUUUUGUAAGAAAACAUCUUGGCGGUUGUGGUCGUGUGGAUGUAUAGGUAGAGCUUGUCUUGGCGUUAAGUUUAUAUUAUACGUAGUAAUUAUUAUUAUAAUUAUUGUUAUAAUUAUUAUAAUUGUUUAGUGUUGUGUUUGCAGUUUGUAUUUGUAAUCUGCAGCGAGUGUGAUAUGUUUGUUAUCUCUUCGGGGUUUAUCAAUGUUUUUGUGAUAAAGAUCUCCCCAACCUGUAGUUUUUUUAUUUGGGUGGCAGAUUUGCUAUUGUGAACUGUAUGUGAAUUUACCAGAUGAUAUUAUGAUACAAACCGGGUUCCGAUUUUUUUUUUGUUUGCUUUAAAUCUGUGGCAAAGCAUGUGCAGAGACAUCACC